ACGUCUUACUUCAUGUUCUUCGGUGAAGUGAAACUGCCCUGACACCUGUUGCUUGUGAAAAUCUGGCAGCCGAAAACAGAAAUGGGGGCUGGCAAAACCAGCGUCACGCCAGCAGAGACUCGGAAGCCUGACCAGGACAAUGGCGGGAGUGACCAUCACACACUGGGUGAAGUGCCCAGUGCGCUACCAGUCCCAUUUCGAAGAGGGGCGCCUGGACGACUGCGCGGAGGACCACCGGCUGUUCGCUCUCCCCGGCUCCGCUAACCUGUGGGCGAGCGCUGAAACCGGAGAACCAGCGGCGGCGGCGGCGGCGGCGUCUCAGAGUGACGGGCAGGGGAAGCGGACGGAGCCUGCCUUCCAGGUGCUGCUGGACGUCACCCAGUUCCGGCCCGAGGACAUUAUAAUCCAAGUGUUCGAGGGCUGGUUGCUGGUCAAGGCCCAGCACCCGUCCAGGAUGGACGAGCAUGGGUUUGUGUCACGGAGCUUCACUCGAAAGUACAAGCUACCGGAGAAGAUCCAGGCAGGGGGUUUGAGGGCCAUGCUGUGUCAUGAUGGGAUAUUAGUGGUGGAGGCUAUUGAGCACAUCCCUGGAGACCAGUAAACAGCAGCGGAUUAAACUCCUUCAUCAAGCACCAACAAUAAUGAAUAGCAGGAAACCGGAUAACAGAUUCUGCAUGUGUAGUGCUUGCUGUACUUUUUUUGUCUUCAUUGAUUUAUGGUAAAAACUUUUGUGUAUGGCACCGAAUCAUGAAUCAUGUUGUAAUUAAAUUUGAAUGUUUUGA